UCGCGAAAGCGGGGAAAGAGGAGGAGGAGGAGGCAAGAUGGCGGCGAAAGGCAGUGGCUGUGCGGGAGGCGGCGGCGGAGGGGCCAAUAAGAACGGGAUUCUGGACAAGUGGAAGAUCGAAGACAAGCCUGUCAAAGUAGACAAGUGGGACGGGUCAGCUGUGAAGAAUUCAUUGGAUGAUUCUGCCAAAAAGGUUCUUUUGGAAAAGUACAAGUAUGUGGAGAACUUCUGCCUGAUCGAUGGCCGCCUCAUCAUUUGCACCAUCUCCUGCCUCUUUGCCAUUGUGGCUUUAAUAUGGGAUUACCUUCACCCCUUCCCCGAAUCCAAGCCAGUCCUUGCCGUAUGUGUUGUAUCGUAUUUUGUUAUGAUGGGGAUUCUGACCAUCUAUACCUCGUAUAAGGAGAAGAGCAUCUUCCUGGUAGCACACAGAAGAGAUCCAGCAGGAAUGGAUCCCGAUGACAUCUGGCAGCUUUCCUCAAGCCUGAAAAGGUUUGAUGACAAAUACACCCUCAAAAUGACGUUCAUCAGCGGGCGAACCAAGCAGCAGCGGGAGGCCGAGUUCACCAAGUCCAUCGCCAAGUUCUUUGACGAGAACGGCACCUUGGUGAUGGAGGCCUUUGAGCCGGAGGUCUCCAAGCUCCACGACAGCCUCCUCACGGAAAGGAAGACCAAGUAGGCGAAGCCCAGCGCCCGCCUUGCCAAGUUUAAGCCAAUAAAGCAAAAUAGCAACGAAUGUGCGCCUCUGUUGUCGUCCUGAGAAAUCCUCUCUCUUCCCACUCUCUUGUCUUCCCUUCCUCUCGCAAGAGAAGGAGGAUUUUUAUAACCUAGGACUGGCAAAGCAGAAGCAGAAAGGGUCUAAUUCCGAUUGGCUUCGCCUCGCUUUCGAUCGGCAUCUCAACCUGCUUUGUUCCCCUAAAUUGAAACUCGGAAAGAGGGAGAGACUCCCGCAUCACCCCACUUGCCCCACUGGCGCCUUCCAGAGCGUGUUGGACUACAUUUCGUGGCCUGGGGAUGGCGGCAGGGGUAGUCCAGCACAUUUGGAAGGCCCUGCGUUUUAGAAAAAGCUGCUGCGUAACCCACUCUCCCUUUUAAAAAAAAAAUUAGCAGGGCUUUUUCAGGCAGCACCAAAAGCAGUGCUGCUUUGGGGGAUUGAUUCCCAGCUUCAGCCACGGGAGGAAUUUAGGUUGACUUUUAUAGUGGCAACUGGAGGCAAUACACACCUAGUUUUUUAAAAAGUCUGUUUCCAUCCACAUUCUCUUUGUCUGUUAAUUUAUCAAACCAGGAAAAGGGAACUAUUAUUCUUUUGUACAGAUCCUUUUGCUGCAUGAAGUAGAGACAGAAUGAGAGAGAGAGAGAGACUUUGGGGGGAGAAAACCAAGCAAAAUCAGAAUGGUGGAUCUACCUGCUUCCCAAUAUAUUUCAGGUCCAAAUUGAUAGCGAGAGUUUUUGAAUCAGAAACGGAGCGUUUUACGAAGCUGUUUCAUCCGGUGACAUUCUGUCUCAUGUGGUGCAUUCAAUUCAUGCUGAACAAUCUCUUCCUUCACUCUUAUAUAAACUGCCAUUUUCUAAAAUGACUUUUUUUUCCAAUAAAAGGAGGAAACUUAAGUGACAA